AUGGCGGAUGAUCCUCAUCAAGGCCCGUCUGCUCCUGAGUUUAAACACUCCAGGAUGAAUCCUGUCAUCUGUACAACUGUUGAUGGUAAAGUCAUUGUUGAGGACGAACUAGUUAAUUUUCUGGUUAUGAAAAACAGAAAAAUGAAACAAGAUGAGAUUGUUACUUUGGCUGUGAACUAUUUCUACCCAGAGGGGAUUGUGGCCUCAAAGAAACUGUUGUCUGAAUUUUGCCCAACUACUCAGCAGUGGGAGAUUGGCGCUGCAAACAGCCGAUUCAGCUCCUUCAAAGUGUCCGCUGAGUGUGAUGAACCAUCAUUUGAGUUUGUUUGUUUCAGAGUCAGAGAGCGUGUCUCUGUACAGUCAGAGGUUUUUGUACGACGCUUCAACCAGUUUGUAUCACUGUGGUACACGUUUGGUGGAGGAACCAGACUGGAGUUUGGAAGUGAUGCCCCGCCCUCCCUGACCGUGCUCCUCCCCUCCACCAAGGAGCUGCAGCAGGGGAAGGCCACACUCAUGUGUGUGGCCAACAAGGGCUUCCCCUCAGACUGGACUCUGUCCUGGAAGGUGGUCGGCAGCAGCAGCAGCAACUGGGAGGAGAGCAGGAGCCCCGGGGUGCUGCAGAAGGACGGCCUCUACAGCUGGAGCAGCACCCUGAGGCUCUCUGCAGACCAGUGGGAGAAGGUGACCUGUGAGGCCAAGAGAGGAUCCCAGACUGCAGUCUCAGAGACUCUCAGGAGAGACCAGUGCUCCCAGUCCUGAACUGAAGCAUUCUGGAUAUAAAUCUGUUUUCUAUUAUGUUUCUUUUUUUACUUUCUCCUUUUUAAACUCUGAUUGGAUUUUUGACUUCUU